CGACGUUAACGUUAUUCCACCCACUUUCCAGUUUUCAUUUUAUAUUAAUCGCAAAUGUAUGCAUGUCAAUUGCUCGGCUAAAAUUAUCCGUCUCUUACGGCCAGCUAUCGCUAUUGGUUUAUGAAACGCACUACGUCGAGAAACAAAAAUGUUUACAAAUCCGAUUAAUUUUGGACGUUUGUUGGUAAACGUAAGCGUUUAUGCUGGUUUUUGAAGUGCCACAUGUUAUAAGUAGCAAGUCUUGUUAAAAUGCAUGCAUUCAACUUGUUGAAGGAAUGUAUGUUGUGUUCAAUUGUUUUACAUGCGACCGAUACCUGGAUUAUCUUUUCAAAACAAUUCCAGUUACUAGCAUUCACCUUUGAUAAAUGUUGAAAAAGUUCUAAUAAUACAUUCAUGCUAAGUCAAUGGGGGUGAGGAAUUUAGGUUGGUUUUGUUGUUGUUGUUGUUGAAUCCGAAAUGGUUCCUGCGCAUCCUUAAAACGUCUUAGAAGGCAUUAAAAAGUCUUCAAUCAUUUUUUUCAAACGUCUUCAAAAAUGUCAACACAUGAUUUAAUGAUUGUGAGUAGUCUGAAAUCUUAAAAUUCUUCAAAUAAAAUUUACUGGACAACUGGUAAUGACACACAAUCCUGAUUGUGGAACCAGUUUUAGUUGGUGCUCGUAACAGCAGAUGCAUGCCAUUUAUGUACUGUAGUAACUUUGGACAACAUGAAACAUUAGUAAAAUUCUGAAGUCGGUCCAAGCCGUGAGUGGUGAAAUGUUUUAUUUUUUAUUUUAUUUUUUUUAAUUUGGGUCAUUUCAACACCAAGCUAAUUUGUGUUUUGUGUAGGUUUCAAGAUGUCUUGGUGUUAUACAGAUUUUCGGGAUGGAACAAAAAAAGCUCAUGAUAACACAUGUAGUGCCAAGGGUCCUCCUGUUCCGGUUCCGUGUCUGCUUAAAGAUCCGACUGAGUCUGUCUGCUACCCAUCUGUCACCACUCAAACCAGCGUUAGCACAAAAACAGUCAAGCUAAAUGCUACCAAGCCACCCCACACUGUUAAUGGAAACUCAAACAAUGUUGAGGACAAGGCUACCAAUGCAGUAACUCCAAGGACUAAAAGGAAAAAAAGGACAUUUUCAGCUGCAAUUGGUAUCUUGGUCAAUCACACUGCCAGUGAGCCCCACGUGUUGGCCACCUCUGAGGAAGCACUAAAAGAACCUGGCCUGCCUGUGAAAACCAGAGCGAAAAAUAAGAGAUGCAGAGGCACAAAAUCUGCACGUCCCAAGAAGCUAACAUUGCAGCUACUGGAGGAGGAAGAUUGGGAAAAAGAAUGUGAAGACAACUUGGAAAAGACAUGUGCAGUCCAACCUUAUGGUCCGGAAGAUGUAUUUACAAUUGCUUUUGAGGGUUUAACACUGGAACAACGGGGCGACAUGCCGUACGCAGCCAAUUACAGUCCAGCUGAUCACCAUGCACGCCCACUCCUGUUGUCGUGCUGCAGCAUCGCUGUUGAGCCUGAACAGUUUGCUGAUGCUUAAAUCCGCAUUUUGUUCCCACUUUGAUUCAUUAGUCAAAUGUAUUCAUCCUUAUUGGGAUUUGGGAAGAUUAAGGUUCAUUUGUAAAAUACUACAAACAUCAGUUAUGCUAGCAUCUAUGUAAUUCAUUAAGAAAAAUGUGUAGGAGAUAUUCUGCGGUAGCUUUUAUUUCUUGUUUUUACAUUCCGGUUUUAUAUUUAUGUUGUGCUCUGUAUACGUUAUGUUUUUGUUAACCAUAUGUUGUUGGUUUUAUUCAGUUUUGGAAACAUCGUAGUUGUACGUGCUUUUAAUUUUCACUUCCAAUUGUUGUACUUGGUAUUUGAAUGUUGAGUUUUUAUUUGAAUUCUGUCUGUGUACAAUCAGUUUGACUUGCAUAAUACCCGCAUUUGUGAUGCAACAAAUUUACACAUUAGUGGCUUCUAACGCUCUUGUACAGUUUCAUAACUCCAAUAAAAAUCGAAUGUUCUGAAGCUCAAA